CACGGGACGGAAAGAGGGUCCCCUCCGAGCCUCCCGUCGGAGGACCCGACAGUACGACGGGGAAACUCUCUUCAGCCUCAUCCAUCCAUCCCCUGGCCAGCAUCUCUGGAAAUACGAGUUAUCCCCCCGCCUUUGCGAAUAACGUCACCAACCAUAUUUUCACCACCAACAACAACAAAUGCGCACUGAUGUCCGAACGAGGUCAUCAACGUGGAGGUCGCGGGGGAGGAGGCAGAGGUGAUCACCGUGGAGGGGGCCGAGGAGGUAGAGGUUCGUCUAUCCAUCCAUCCAUCUAUCUUUUUUUAUUUAACCUUCCCCCACCCCCACCUCGAGAAGCAAUACCCCUCCGAGGAACAUUCUUCACUCCAAGAACAUUAUUGCUAACUUGACUCAAUAAAGGCGGACACGAAGGAGGCAGAGGCGGCCACGGCUCACAAACCGAAAGACCGAAGAAAGAAAAUAUCCUCGAUCUAGGGAAAUACAUGGACAAACAAAUCACUGUGAAAUUUACCGGCGGAAGAGAAGGUACUACCUCUCUCUUUCCCUCCAUUUCUCCUCUUGCUAUAUCAUACUAACAAACCCCCAGUGAUAGGAACAUUAAAAGGCUACGACGCCCUCAUGAACCUAGUCCUCGACGACGUCUCCGAAACCCUGCACGACGAUGAAGGAAACACCACCACCCGACCACUCGGUCUCGUCGUCGCUAGGGGUACCCUCCUAGUUCUAGUCUCGCCCAUGGAUGGAAGCGAGGAGAUUGCGAAUCCUUUCAUACAGCAGGAAGAGGAGUAGGUUGUUGCGUAGAUAAUUGCAAGAUGUACGCCCAGAAGGAUGUUUGGUCAAUGGGAAAAUGAAAGAUGAAGAUCUGUGGCUAGGCUGGGCUAUCCAUAAUCUGUGGAUGGGCAAUCAGAAAUUCCAUCAAUAAGAGAUACCAGUACACGAUAAGUUAUGUCGUGGAACACGCAGGAAAUACCAACGAGAUAAUGAAUUAGUUGGUCCCGUUAGGUGGCCAC